AAUAAAAACCACAGUGUUACUUUCGUCGGGAUCAAGUAAGGGCGCCAAGCAAGAUAACCUAUUAUUUUUCCCAUGUUUGGACGCGCGAGGACCCAUCUGCUAUUCCAGUACCCAUUUCACCAACAGACUCCGGCCACCUUAAUUGCAUGCAAGCAACUUUCCGUUCCCAGUGUUCUCUCACGGUGCCAACUCCGUCGUCCUUGCAACCGUCCCAUUUUCUGAUUCCCAAUUUUUGGCCUUCUCUCUCGGCAACCCUAGUGGUCACACAGCUGGCUCUCUACUUGAAAUCUCCACGUAUCGGUACCCUCCAUUUUUAGAAUCCCUUACAAAUUGAAGCUCCGUCCCUGGAUUUCGGAAAAUUUCUCAGAUUUUGGGCAGAUUUGUAUGGCAUCCUGAGGCAACAGGAUAUUCCAAAUGUGAGAUUUUGAUACAAAAUCUCUGACCGUUCAAACCAAUGCAGAAUUGUUUCCAAAUCGAAGCCAAGUUCGUACAGGCCAGUAUAUAUUCCUAGUGACUUCGUCAAAAGCAUGCCCAUGUGACCAACUUAUCAAGACUCAAGGCUUAUACAAUGACAUAUAAAUUUUCUGUGCAUCAAUAUAUCAAUCCUUACCUUAUAUUAUGACCUGCAUAGCAUGAUCAAGCUGGUCGUACUGUGUACAUAUAGACGAAGCUGAAGAACUUCCCACUCUGUUUCUGCACUUGAACUCAGUUGCUCUUGUCUUCCCUACGCGGUUGGACUUUUUGUAGCAACACUGCCAACAGCCACUUGGUAAGAGUACACAAAUUUCUGCUUUGAAGUUAAAAGGUUCAAGGUAAGUUCAGAAGGUAUUUCUUAUUAACUUUCUUCAUUAACGCUAUUCUUGAAGACUGGUGUGUUGGUUUGUUCUUCUAUAGACUUGUCUCUAGCCUUUCAUUUUUCUGGACAACAUUUUUGUAUUGUUGUCCUUCUUAUUACUGGUUUCCCGUUGGCUUUCUUCUUUUUCUUGUUUUAUAAGAUUCAUGCUGAGAUUUUCUAAUGGGUGGGAAGUUGGGGAUUGAGAGGGGAGUAGUGAUUUCUGUUAGCUGGGAUGUAUUCGGGAAGAAAGCAUAUAUUCAGAAAUUUUUUCCUGCUGAGUUAUGUGGGAUAAGGAAAUAAAGAGUUGUCCAUUAAAUGGAGAGUGAAAUGCUUGAGUACAGAGUUUUGAAAAAGGUUCAAAAAAUUGACUACAUGGUGUGACUUAACCAAACCUAAAGGAAAAUCUGCAUGCUGAGAUUUUGGAGACUGCAUUGCACUCCAUAUAUCUUAACCAAAUCUGUUUCAUAGUCAAGUAAGAAUACCAGAGAAUUGAAAUCCUGAUAAUUAUGGUACAUUAAAUAUCUUGAACCUUAUCCUUCGUUGAAUUGAUGAUGGUUACUAUAUUGGGCAGGUCAUGCUGCAUGUUGUUAACCAGCCAUUCAAUACAAACAGCUAGUUCAGAAGUUCUCUAUCCAUUGGGUGAUCAAUCCUCGUAAGGUGGGGUGUUACCAACAGCAGCAUUGGUCCAGUACAAGAAAAAAUAGGAGGUAAACUAAUUUCCGUAUGUUAGGUUGAGAUUAUUAAACUGCAUGGUAAGUGAGAAAGUGCAGAUGGAGGACCAAUAAUAUUGCAUGCCUAACUCCAAACUGCAAAAUAACAUGUUAGAAAAUUAAUUUCGAGGGAAGUUGUUAAGAGUAUUAGUUUUGUUAUAAUACUCACGUAUUCUGCUGUAUGGGGUCUUUGGAAAAUGACCCCAUACAUGGUGUAACAUUAAAGGCUGUUGGUUUGUCUGAAGAGUUGUCUUAAGUAAUUAUAUUAAGACAGGGAAACAAUGGUUAGGACUUGUUUUUUGUUUUCUAAAAAAUCUAAAGCUUUAGUUGCUUUUGCUCUACUAUUAUUUGCAUAGGUUGAUAAAUUGGACAGCAUGGUGUUUGAUUGGCAGUGUUUUACUCCCAAUAAAUUAGAUUUUGAUUAAGAUUUUUGACAUUGGCCACUCAUCUAGGUGGAAUGAUAUUCAAGGGGUGAACUGUUAUAUGGAACAAUUUAAAAUAUGUUUUGUGUAGAGCUAUCUAAAUGACAUGAGUAGCCGAUUUAGACAUAUUACAAAAUUCAAGUUUUGGGUUUAUCUUUUCUUCUUGCCUAAUAUAUAUUAAUCCUGCACUUGCAUGCAGUGUUUUUGAUGUCCUUAAUAUUACAGAAAAGUAAACUUUCUGUAUAACAUCAAUGUGGGACAGAAUUUGCACAGUAGGGUUAUUUAUAUUUAUUGCUUGAUAUUUUGAUACAUGAACUGACUUAGUCACCUAAAGGGAGGUAAUGUAAUACAGCCCUUUAGGCUGUAGAUAAUUUUAUGAUUUGGUUGUCACCUAAUAUGAAGAUAAAGUUGGCUUACUAGAUGGAACAAAGUGGGAGAGGAAGGGGUAGAGGAGUUCGACACUUUAAAAGACGACGUGGACCUUAUUCAAGAGGCCGACCGCGGCCUCCACUUAUUUGCUGAUGGAGUCAGCGAGAGAGUCAAGGUGAGAGCUCCGAUGAGUCAACACAACCACCCUCCGUAGAAAGAAAUACUGUCAACGCCAAUCCAAUACCAACAGCGGACACAAAUAGAGACAAUAUUUCAAGUUGGAGUCAGCGAGAGGGUCAACACGAGAGAUUAGAUGAGUCAACACAACCACCCUCCGUAGAAAGAAAUGAUGUCAAUGCCAAUCCAAUUCCAACAACUGACACCAAUAGAGACAAUAUUUGGCGAUGGAGUCAACGAAAGGGUCAAGGCGAGAGCUAUGAUGAGGCAACACAGCUACCAUCCGUAUUCAUAAAUAAUGUGAACACCAAUCCAAUACCAACAGCGGACACUAAUAGAGACCCAAUUUGGCGAUGGUUAAUGCGAGAGGUUAAUGGGGAAAUGCAUGAUGAGUCAACACAGCCACCAUCCAUAGAAAGAUAUCCUGUCUACACCCCUCCAAUUCCGACAUCAGACACUAAUAGAGACAAUAUUUGGCGAUGGAGUCAACGAGAGGGUCAAGGUGAGAGCUAUGAUGAGUCAACACAGCCACCGAUCGUUCAAAUAAAUAUUCCAAGAACCAAUCCGAUUCUGGGAGCCAUUUCAACUAGAGAUAAUAUUGAGGAGGAAGCAAUGGUUCCCGACACAAACGUUGGUCAGCAGAAACGUGGACGUGGGCCCGCUAAGUGUACCGAGUUCGAUAAAUUGAGGAGGCAUGGGAAAGUACCCUUGAAAAUAAAUGAUGGGGAAACAGCACCUUGCUGUGAGAAUGCCUCAUUCUUUACAACACGAGUAACGUGGAUUUUAAAACAUCAUGCGGACAUGAGCUUCGCGAGGUGGACGGAUGUACCCAAGUCCGUUAAGGAUGAGUUGAUUGACAGGGUCAGGGGUGACUUUGAAUUAGAUUGGGAACUUAAGAACCAUCAGUUAGCAGUUUGGAAGCAGCUGCGUAAGAGAUUUAACGCCUUCCACCAUGAGCUUUACAAGAAGUAUUUGGCAUAUGCGAGCCAUGAGGAAGCAUUGGCCGGUGGGACAAGCUUGGUCUCGCCCUUGGUAUGGGUUAAGCUAUGUGGCCGAUGGGGAAGUGACCACUUCAAGGUUCAUUCAAUAAUUUACCUUAACUUGCCAUUUAUUGAAAUGUAUACAGCCAUUGAACGUAAAAGGGUUAUUGGAAUGCAGGAGGAUGAGACCCACAUAGCAAUUUCAUAG